AUGGCAGCCGAAGGCCUUCUUUUACUCCAACCCUUUGAAUACGAGAAGUCAAAUACCUCUUCCGCAGCAGCAGCAGCAGCACAAGCCGAUAACGACACACAUACUUUAACACAGCCACCACCUUUGGUGUUCACCGAAAAUGAAUGGGAUGAUUCACCCGUGUUGUCACCCACCUCUGAAUCAAACAUUGAUUUGUUUGCUGAUCUCGAUUUGGUUGAGGUAUCAUUCCCACCACCACCUCCUCCAACUCCCGAUACUAUCGCAUCCAUCCCAUCCGAAAAGCCAUUUGUCGACGAAAGUGUCACUGCUGAUCUACUUGGCAUGUUGCUACAAGCCUAUCAACCCCCUAUGCAGCAACAACAACAGCAUCAAGAACAGCAGCACCCUGCUCCUGUGGCCACCGUGUAA